AUGGCAGCUCGUUUAUUGGCACAUGAGGUAGCAGACCUCUGCCUCGGCAAACAGCCGUUGAAAUCACUCUCCAUUUCCGCCACCGUCCGCCAGGCCCUAAUCAUACUCAAAUCCACCGACGACACCCACAUCAGUAUUUGGAACUGCGACCACCACCAUUCCAUCUCCGACCAAACUUUCAUCGACGACUGCCGCUGCGUCGGAAAAAUCUGUAUGGUCGACGUCAUCUGCUACCUCUGUAAGGAAGACAACAUCAAAUCACCGUCAUCGGCGCUCGAUUCUCCGGUCUCCGUUCUGAUAUCCGGUGUUCCUGCAGUUGUUCGUCACGUCGAGCCUGCCGCAAGUUUGGUGGAAGCCAUUGAUCUAAUCAUUAAUGGUGCUCAGAAUCUUGUGGUACCCAUAAAGAGCAGAACGACGAUCAACGCAAAAAGGAAGCAACUUCAACGGGAACUAUCAAUUGCUCCGACGACCCACGCCGGCGGCUAUGAAUUCUGUUGGCUGACUCAAGAAGACGUCAUCAGAUUCCUACUGAGUUCAAUUGCUCUUUUCUCCCCAACUGCUGCCUACUCCGUCGAGUCGCUCGGAAUCAUCAGCUCCGAUAUCCUCACCGUCAACUACCACUCGCCGGCGUCAACUGCAUUGGGAGCUAUUAAAACCUCUCUUGCUGACCAAACAUCUGUCGCCGUCGUUGACGACGACGGAAUCUUGAUCGGCGAGAUCUCUCCUUUCACUCUAGCCUACUCCGACGAGACAGCGGCGGCUGCAAUCGCGACGCUGUCCGCGGGCGAUCUGAUGGCAUACAUCGAUUGCGGCGGACCACCGGAAGAUAUAAUCCGCGUGGUGGAAGCGAGGCUAAAAGAGCGGAAUUUGAAAGGAAUGCUGGAAGAAUUUUCGGCUUACUCUUCCGGCAUUCCGUUGAUUAACGGUAAUUCAUCUUUUUCAUCCGAUGAAGAGUCUCCGCCGUCUCCGGCUACGAUGAAGUCCGGGAGGUUUAAUAGGUCAAGCAGCUAUUCAGCAAGGAUAACGAGGAGGGCGGAGGCGAUCGUAUGCUAUCCCGGGAGCUCGUUGGUGGCGGUGAUGAUUCAGGCGAUCGCACACCGGGUAAGUUACGUUUGGGUGAUUGAAGAGGACUGUAGUGUUGUCGGAAUUGUGAGGUUUUCCGGCAUGUUGGAAGUUUUCCGGUCACAUUUAGAAAGUAUGAUGAAUUAGAUGGAGAAGAGGGACUAUUGUUUAAAAAUAUGAAAGUAUGAGGGUAAGAUUUGUAUAUAUGAGAUAUUUAUGGGCUUUUCGUGUCA